AUGCACAAAGGAGUUGACUCAAGCGAUACUCAACUAUGUAUGACACUGGAUGGUGAAGAAAUCUACUAUGCAGACUUUAAAAAAGGAGAUCUUGUUUGGAAUGGCAGACUGCCUACAAGUUUACAUGUUUCCUGGGCUUACAAAUAUGCAGCACAUAACAGAAUUCAGUGCAAAGGCAAUUUACAGACAUGGAAAACAGACAAGUCAGCUACAACAAAGAUUAAAGAACCAGAAAUCAUCAUCUACCCCAGAGAUGAAGUGAUAAAAGAGCAAGAGAACACUCUCAUCUGCUUCAUCAAUCAUUUCUUUCCUCCCUCCAUCAACAUAAAGUGGACCAAGAAUGAUGUAGAAGUAUCAGAGGAAGAUCCUUUCAUCAAAUGCUUACCCAAUCCUGAUGGGACAUUUUAUGUUUUGUCCACCCUGGAUUUUCUCCCAAAGGAAGGAGACAUCUACAGCUGCACUAUGGAGCAUGAGUCACUGGAGACGCCUCAGACAAAGUUUUGGGGAGAGAACAAAGAAGUUGAAACAAAUGAGAUCAGUAUUGGUCCUGCUGUGUUUUGUGGACUUGGCCUGAGUCUUGGACUUCUUGGAGUUGCUGCAGGAGAAUUAUUAUUUGUGAAAGGAAAACAUUAUCUGAGCCUCCUGGAGGCAUAG